UGGUUUGUAUAAGGAAAGGGCGAAGCAGAGGAUGGGCUAUUGGUACGUGACAGGAUUCCCCUCCUCCCUCUCCGAUCCUUACCUUUGUCCUCUCCCCUUGGAGCUCUGUAGUAGUUGCUGCUCUUGUUGUGUGUAGGGAAGAUGCAGGGCGGUGGUGGAAGAGGGAGGAGGGGAGGAAGCAGCAGGGAAGCCAGCCCAGACCGAGCCAGGCUGAGCUACUCACAGCAGCAGCAGCAGCAGCAGAGGCUCGUGACGCCACCGAGGAAGGUUCAGGUCAUCUACUAUCUCAGCAGAAAUGGCCAGUUGGAGCACCCUCACUUCAUUGAGCUCCCUCACCUCCCCAACCAACAGCUUCGUCUCAGAGAUGUAAUGGAGAGACUGACUGCUUACAGAGGCAGAGGCAUGCCUUCUCUCUUCUCCUGGUCCUGCAAGAGGAGCUACAAGAAUGGGUACGUGUGGAACGACUUGGCCGAGAACGACGUUAUCUACGCCACCGACGGCGUCGAGUACGUGCUCAAAGGCUCCGAGAUCAUCCCCGGCGCUUACGAGCGUUUCCAGCACACUGCAGCAAGCAGCGAGCAGCCGAAACCACUACCCAUCUGCCACAGACUCCAUUUGGAAGUAGGAGAAGAUGAUGGAGAGGAGGUGGAAGAAGAAGGGACAGCGGAGGACGAGGAGGAGGAGGAGGUGAGAGGCGGUACGCGCACCGCGGGGGACGAGACUAGAACGAGUCGUCCGCGUUACUCUCAUCGGUCACGCGGCGUUUCGACGGACGAGAUUGAGCGACUCGAGCACCGGACCGCGACUCGGGCCCACCAGCCCGCGCGCACCGAGUUGCCGCUCGACGACGCCUCCCCGCCGUCCUCCACGUCCUCGGACAAGCCCCCCACCCACGGCCCUGGAGGCGGCAGCGCCGACGGCGACUCCCGGCGAUUCGAGAAGCCCGAAGAGACUCCCGAACCGGGCCUGACUCGGAACUCGGUCCUGAUCCAACUCAUCACCUGCGGGUCGGCGGCGUUGAAGGUAAGAAGCAGCCCCGGCGGAGGGACGGCGAAGGCUGCCGACUCCAAGCUCCACCACGGGGUGGUGAGUCGACUAGCUAGUCGUGCGGACGAGGACGCCGAGCUGCGGCGCAUCUUGGAGAACCCCCGGUUCUGCCACCCCCUGGUGGAGGACAAGGAGUACUUCAGUGGGAGCAUCGCGGAAGGAAGCAGGCCGCCACCCGAGCCUUGUCUCGAGAAAUCCUCCUCCUUCAGAGAAGAAAGGAGCUCAAAGCUUGGGAUCGGGGGGAGGUUGGAGGUUGAAGAAGGCAGGGAAGGGGCUGUGAAAGGGAAGUGCAUCCCUGGCAGAAGGAAAUCCUCUGGUAAGCAGCAGUAACAACAGCAGCAGCAGCUGAUACUCUCUCUCUCUCUCUCUCUCUCUCUCUCUGUCUCUGUCUCUCUCUGUGCAAUGUAACUGUGCUUACAUGUACCGGAGGGAGGAACGCAGGGUCAGCUGCUUGGACGUCACUUCUCGGAAUGGAUGCAUGCCUCUGUUCCCCUGCAGUGUCUCCCUAAGCUAUGUCUUAGGGUCGAUGUCUGGCUUUGCUGCUACUGUGACUUCUCAGAAUAAGAGUGAGUGAAUGGUCUUCAUAGAUUUGAUCACUGUUGAAUUCGAAAUAAGAAAGAAUCAGAACUAAAUCAGAAUCGAUUAAUAGUUUUAUUAUGAUUCCAAACUAAACGGAUGUAAGAGUUGGGGAGUAAAAGGGCUCGGUUCUCGUUUCA